AACAUCCUUCGUCUACAAACCAAAAUGGCGACUACCACGGAUUUAGGCACCGUGACAGUUCGACCGAAAUUGUGAAACUCUUCAGUGUUUUCAAAAUAGACCUGAACCGUCUAAAACUACAUGACCUUGCCUGUUUGGAUUUUCAUUUGGAAUUUAAUGAAUGAAUUGACCAUGGCCCUUCACAGACUAUCCUUGAGAUUACGACAAACGGCGUACACGUUUUGGACUAUGAUAGACGCUCUACACCUGCCUCUUACCUGUGGAAUGUGAUGAUGUCACGGACAGGUAGCGCAGGUGCGGCCGCUCCAUGGCAGUGGGUGUGGCCAGCAGCAGGAGGCGGUUGGCAUGGAGACGAGACCGGAGACAUUCUCCAUCUUCAGAACACAGGAGAACAACCCGGCCUGUCAGUCAGAACAGCACCUAGGGCAGUACUACACUGUGCCCCCCUCCCACUUCCACACUGUCUUCCCCCAUGGCCUGCCUCCACGAUACCAACAACAGGUGAAGACGUUUAAUGAGGGCUGUGUGAUGGUGAGGCAGCCUGCUCUGGAGCUGAUAUCUCACCUGAAGAGAGCUGACUACAGCAAGCCCACCCUGCGCUACCUACUCUAUGGGGUGAAGGGCAGUGGGAAGACCAUGUCUCUCUGUCAUGCUGUCCACUACUUCUCCAAACAGGGAUGGCUAGUACUACACAUACCAGAUGCCCACCUUUGGGUGAAGAACUGUAAAGAGCUGUUGCCCUCCUCCUACCACGCCUCCCGCUUUGACCAGCCAAUACAGGCCUCCAACUGGCUACGCAACUUCAGAACCACCAAUGAACACUUCCUCUCCAAGAUCAAGUUGAGGCAGCGGUACGUGUGGACUAAGAGAGAGAGCACUGAGGAGGGACGGCCACUAGGGGAGCUGGUGGACAUGGGAGUGUCUCAUGUGAAGAGCAGCAGUGAUGUGGUGGGGGCAGUUCUAAAGGAGCUGAGGCUACAGGCUUGGGGGACAGAGGGGGGCUUCAGGAUGGCUGUGGCUGUUGGAGUCAACGGCCUCUGGGGAAGGACUACGCUCAAGAAGGAAGAAAAGAGCCCUGUGGCUCCAGAGGAGUUGACAUUGGUUCAUAACUUGAGGAAGAUGAUCAACAAUGACUGGUGUGGAGGGGCGGUCAUCGCCACUCUGUCUCAGACAGGAUCUCUCUACGCUCCUAGCUCUGCCUACCUGCCCCAGGAGCUGCUGGGAGAGGAGGGCUUUGACAGCAUGGACCCGUUUGUCCCAGUACCAGUCUCCCUCUACAGUGAGAAGGAGUUUGAGAGCUGUUACCUCUACUACCUGGACCGCCACUGGCUACAACACCCACACAGUCAGACAGAGGAAGGGAAGAAAGAACUGAUCUUCCUCAGCAACAGAAACCCUUCUGUACUGGAGAGACUGUGUGCCUUCCUGUAACAUCACACAUGGGCCCACACACCCAUAGAGAUAGGACUCAUCUUUAUAUCUGUGACAGCAUGGGCAGCGCCAUUGAGGCUACAACCCAUAGGAAUCCUCACUCAGUUGACUACUUUGACCACUUUAAAAUGGCGGAAGCCCUCGAUGGUGCUGCCCAUGCGACAUCAAGGCCACUAGCAUUCUCUAUGGGACAAACGCCAAUACAGACUCAUACAUGGAUUAUAACAUUGCAGUUGUGUAUGUGUCCCUCCAUAAAUUAUUCUGUUGUGAUGCAUGAUAGUGUCGUUCAUAAUAAAAAUAUACAUGAAAAACA